AUGAACUACCUACGCAGGCGUCUGUCCGACAGCAGCUUUGUGGCCAACCUCCCCAACGGCUACAUGAUGGACCUGCAGAGUGGGCCUCGCCCCACCCCGCCCUCCUCCACCUCCAAUCCCGCCUCCCCAGCCACGGAGAGGCGAACGCCCCCCAGCCUGCCACCACAGGUCCCGGCUUCAGGCUCGGCCCCGGCCCCGACCCCCGGGGGUUUCCUCAGCUCCUUCUCCAGCGUGGUGAAGACCGCCCAGUUGGCACAGAACGCCGCAGCAGCAGCCAAGGCUUCAGCGGCGGUGGCAGAAGCUGCCGCAGCAGUACCCGCCAAACCUGUCAUACGGAAGCCCAAGAUUCUACUGGUCAUCGACGAUCUGCACACAGACUGGGCCAAGUAUUUCCGAGGGAAGAAGUUGAACGGGGAGUACGACAUCCGGGUGGAGCAGGCGGAGUUCUCAGAGAUCAACCUGGCUUCGUACAUGAACACUGGGUGUAUGAUUGAUAUGCAGGCCAUAAGAGGAGGAACCAAAGUGGUCAGAUCCUUCAAGCCAGACUUUGUCCUGAUUCGCCAGCAUGCCUACAGCAUGACUCCGGGCGAAGACUUCAGGAGCCUGGUGAUUGGCCUUCAAUACGGGGGAGUCGCCAGCAUCAACUCCCUGCUCUCCAUCUACAACUUUUGCAGCAAACCCUGGGUGUUUUCCCACAUGAUUAAACUCUACCACUCCCUGGGCCCAGAGAAGUUCCCACUGAACGAACAGACCUUCUACCCCAACCACACACAGAUGGUGACAACACCAACGUUCCCCGUGGUGGUCAAGAUGGGCCAUGCCCAUGCCGGCAUUGGCAAGAUCAAAGUGGAGAACGAACUUGACUUCCAGGAUAUUACCAGUGUGGUGGCGCUGGCCAGAACCUAUGCCACCUCUGAGCCAUACGUCCUGUCUAAAUACGACAUCAGGAUCCAGAAAAUCGGCAACAACUACAAGGCCUACAUGAGGACGUCCAUCUCAGGCAACUGGAAGGCUAACACAGGCUCAGCCAUGUUGGAACAGAUCGCUAUGACGGACAGAUAUCGCGUGUGGGUGGAUUCCUGUGCCGAGAUGUUCGGGGGCCUUGACAUCUGUGCUGUGAAAGCCGUCCACGGAAAAGAUGGCAACGACUACAUUAUCGAGGUGAUGGACAGUUCCAUGCCUCUGAUUGGUGAGCACGUGGAGGAGGACAGGCAGCUGAUCACUGAUCUAGUGAUCAAUAAGAUGUGCAGCGUGCUGCUCGGGAUCAACACACCACAGCCCAGCCCACAGACGACCCAGCCAAGAAGGGCCCAAGGUGGGCAUCGCUCUGGCUCUAGUUCUCCCUCCCAGUCAGCCCAGGGUUCUCCUCAGCGAGCCCGCUCAGCUAACACCUCUCCCAGCCAGGCCUUCCAGCCCGGACCCAUCCCACCUCCCGUCGCCACCGGCCCCGGCUCCCAGAAACAACCUCCUCAACUGAACAAAUCCCAGUCGCUCACCAACACCUUCACCGAGACCCUGAAAGGGAACGCCACGGACGACGAGGCCAAGGCAGAGACCAUCCGCAGCCUGCGGCAGUCCUUCGCCAGCCUCUUCUCCGACUAACUUCAGCAGACUCCUCAUAUCCAUCUGCCUACUAUCAGCCGUUAGCCAUCGGCCUCCAGAAGAGCUCCAAGAUACCAAUCUGUUACAGAGCGCGCUCAGUCAACCCACAGAGCAGAAGCUUCCUGUCCACCACUUCCUACUUCCUGUUCUUAUCCAUAAAUGGCAGGUAGAGAGCAUCCACCUCUCAGAAUCAUCCGUCAAAUAAAAAAAAGACUAAAUUGGGCUAUAGUUCAUCUUGUACUGCUUGGUUGGUGUAGUUCAGAUGUCAGUUUGCAUUCUGUUUGUCAUUUCAUCAAAUGUUCAUCAUCUGAUUCAUUCUUUUGUUUUGGUCAUAAUGUGUUUAUCAACUUCAAGGAUCUUGAUAUACUUUGGAAGAUAAAGGAUAUAUUACAGUAUUUAGAAAUGACCCCAUAAUAGUGUAUGAGCUAGGUUCACCAGCAAUGCUUAGCAUCUUGCCAGUCUCAUUACAGAAAUACAAUUGCCAUGUCUUGUAGACCCAUACAUAUUGAUUGGCUGAUUUAGUUACUAUAUAAUAACUUCUGAUUUUGCUUUGGCCUUUGAUUACCAAGGUAAUUUUUGAUUAAAAUUCCUUGUAUUAAGGUCAAAAUAGUUUAGGCUAUAUACUUUACCUGUCAAUUUGCAAUUUUACGAGGCGGAAAUAUUAUCUUAAGUCUUCCAUCACAGACAAUUCUUCCCUAAGUUCUAAGCUUUAUGAACUAUCCAAUGUAAAUAGCGCUAUGAACUAUGUUUUAAAUAUUGGGCAUUUGAUUCACUACUAUUCCCUUGCUGUGUAUUGAAAGGUGAAAAUAUGUACAUAACACAGAGAAGAAGUUCUGAAAUCUUUGCUUCAAUGGUUAUACGAUCAGUUACCUUUAAUUCUGUACACACUGUAAGGUUGAAAAUAGUCCUGGGAGAAUAACGUUUACUUUUGAUCCUUGGGUUUUGAAUUUUGAAGCGUUGUCGACCUAAGAAUAGACAUGAUUUGCAAUGUGUUUAUCUGUCUAUAGCUUGCAUCCACUUCAGGAAAUGACAAAGUCGUCUCGUAACCUAAUACUCAGCUAACACAUAUGCACAGAUUAUAUCUACGGUAACGAUACUAUCUGAUGUUAGCUGAGUGUCCAUAUUAUUCCCCCCCCAUCUCAUUAUAAUAGAGAAGGACAGACUAAUCACAUGACUGGCUAGUUUAUUCUUUUGACUUUAAGUGCAAACAUUUUAAGUCUCUGCGCCCAAAUUGAUUUUCUGUUUAAGGUAUAAUUUUUGACUGGUAUGAAAAAUGACAAUUCUAUUUGAAUGGAAUGUUGUCCCCAUACUUUAUUUGUAGUAAUUGCACUUCAAGUCGCACUAUCAGCAAUAUGGGUGAAAUUAAUCUUGCUCUCCAACUUGAUUUAAAUACAUUUAACAGUUAUUAAGAUUGUCUUUUCACUUUCAAACUGUAUUUAU